GUUAAAGCAAACAACAAUCCCAUUAUUAAAGGUAAAGGGGCAUUUGUCUUGUGCCUUGCUUUUCUCUCUUUUUUCUCUCUGAUUAUCAUUUUUUUCUUCUCUUUCUUCCUCAGUGGAUUCUGGGGUAUUAAGGAUUUGUUUGAUAUGUUCCCCUAGCAGCAGAGAUUUUCUCUGGGUUUGGGGAAAUUUUCUCUUUUGAAGCUCGAUCUGAUACUUUCUAUGGGGUUUUUUGGUUGAAUUUCUUCAACCCAUCAUCUGGGAAAUUUUCAAUUUGUUUAUCGAGAUGGAAGAAGAGAAGGAUUCUGAGAAUCGCUUGACAUCAGCUGCUGCUUUUGUGGAAGGGGGGAUUCAAGAAGCUUGUGACGAUGCUUGUAGCAUAUGCCUUGAGGAUUUUUGUGAAAGUGAUCCUUCUACGGUUACUGCUUGCAAGCAUGAGUUUCACCUCCAAUGCAUCCUUGAGUGGUGCCAGAGAAGCUCCCAAUGCCCUAUGUGCUGGCAAUCUAUCAGCCUGAAGGACCCCACCAGUCAAGAGCUGUUGGAGGCUGUUGAACGAGAGAGAAAUAUAAGGGCUACUCCAGUGAGAAAUACUGCUGUGUUUCAUCAUCCAGCUCUUGGGAAUUUUGAGUUGCAACAUCUACCUCUCGGUGUUAAUAAUGCCGAGCUUGAAGAGCGAAUAAUUCAACACCUGGCCGCAGCUGCUGCAAUGGGGAGGACACACCAUAUUGGUAGAAGAGAGGGAAGGAGUAGGUCAUCAUCUCAUGGACGUCCUCACUUCUUAGUUUUCUCCACUCAUCCUGGUGGACCUCCCGAGCAUGUCUCAGCCUCUGGAGUACACACUGAGCCAGCUGGUAUUACUGUUGCUAGCCCGUCUAGCCCACUAACACCUCGUGGGGAUGAACCAUCACAGCAUAUUGCACAGUUUCCUUCUAUUCAGACUGAUCAUGUUUCUCGUUCAGCAUCUGGAUCUAACUUUUCAGCCAGUCGACGAGGAGCUUCAUCUGGCAUUCGAAUCUCCACUAGUGAUUCUCCAUCUCCAAAUCUGGAUAGAGCUGGUCCAUCUGAAUUUCAGUCAUUCUCGGAAUCUCUAAAAUCAAGACUCAAUGCAGUAUCCACAAGGUACAAAGAAUCGAUUUCAAAGAGUACAAGAGGGUGGAAGGAGCGGCUAUUCUCUCGCAACACUUCCAUGUCAGAACUUGGUUCUGAAGUUCGAAGAGAAGUAAAUGCAGGAAUUGCCAGUGUAUCACGUAUGAUGCAACGCCUUGAAACCAGAGAGGAUGGUGUUACAAAUCAAGGUUCUAAUGAGCAGGGUGGCCACAAUAGAAGAGAGAGCAACCCAGAGAACUCUUUAACCGACAGCAGUGCUCCAACUUCUUGUGCUGCAACAUCUGCUGAACGUUAAAUCAUUAAUAUUAAUUUUGGCAAAUGCAUCUGACAUCAGCAUCUUAUUUCUGAAGGUGAACUAUAUAAAUAUAUAUUCUCCAGACUUGAUAUGCUGAGGAACAGAUGCCUGUCAGCCUUUGCAAACAAAAAUGGGUUAAAGAAUUUCAUGUGUAGAGAGUAAUGUUGUCGAUUGUUGUCUGAAUUGAAAACGAAAAAAAAAAAAAAAAAAAAAAAAAAACCCAAUAAGAAAGAAAGAAGAAGGGGAGAGGGAAUUUGGGAGAAAAGCUUCCCAUCUGGACAUGUUGUAUGUAACUUUUUCUAUACAUAAAGAAUACAGUAUUUGAUGCAAAAACACAUAUUAGAAAACUAUGUCUGGAUGGGUUAGUCUUUUGGAAUUGGAGUUUCUUUGCAAUGUUCAUAUAAAAAGUGUCAACCAACACUCAUUUCUUUGAUGAGUUUUAAUAUUCUUUACUA